AUGGAGUACGGAUACGGCGACCAGUUCCCCUCUGGCUCGUAUGGCCAAGGUGGUGGUGGUGGUGGUGGUGGUGAAGGAGGAUUUAUGAGUGAGGUGGGAGCUAGUCAAAGCGGAAAGACAUACAACAAGAGUUCGCUUCGACCGGUCACAAUCAAGCAACUAAAUGAUGCGACGCAAGCCUAUUCGGACGCAGAUUUUAAAAUCGACGAUACUGAAGUCGCCCAGGUCUCAUUUGUAGGCCAGAUCCGCAACAUAUCCCAGUUAUCAACAUUCAUAACAUACAAACUGGACGACGGAACGGGGGAAAUCGAAGUGAAAAAAUGGCUGGACAACGAAGAGCGACAUGAGGGUGAUGCUAUGGACACAAGCGACCCUACAACAGGCCGUACGGGGAAAAAGGAACUCGUGGUGAACGGGUACGCAAAAGUAUGGGGAAAACUGGGCUCGUUCAGCAACAAUCGUCGUUCAGUUACCGCACAUGUAAUUCGGCCGCUGACGAAUAUGGAUGAAUACCACUGCCACUUCCUUGAAGCUACAGCGAUACAUCUCUACUUUAAACAUGGCCCGCCACCAAGUAAAGACGCAGCCGACGUUUCAAAGGCCCAGACCUCUGGCUCCGGAGGGGCGAUGCGCUCAGAUAACAGUAUGGCCGCGGGCGAGAGGACUCUUCCGCCAAUGUCUCCCAUGGCUAGGAAAUUGUUCAACACCUUGAAUAACACCCCACAGAGCAGAGAGGGGCUGCAUCUACAGCACCUGGCGUCUCUCAUGCAGGCACCGGUCGAUAAUGUGGAAAAGGCUGCGCGGGAGCUGAACGACUUGAGUCUGAUCUAUCCGACUGUGGAUGAUUAUACUUGGACGAUAAUGGAUUUUAAGGUCGAUAUGCAGUAA